CAAGGUUUGGGAACAUUUGAGAAUGAUCGCACGGUGUGACUUUGUUGAUUAAAAACCGAUUCCUCAUUGGAAUUUAUUUAUCAAAUUCUAACUGUAUCAAGCUGCGAUAUGUGAUUCUUGCGAUAACACAUCGGAACAGUUAAUUACAACAAUCGUGUAUCUAUAGAUAACUCAAAUAAAUAAUGGCAGUCGUUUUUGGCACACAUUGUUGAUAUUGUUUCUCAAGUAUAUCUUUAAUUAAACACAGGUGAUAAGCUAUUUCAUUCGCAAGGUAGAGCUCAGGACAAAAUUAGCUCUCUGUUUACGACGUGAGUUAUUAAAAUAAUCAUCACAGCCCUAAAAAUGGAGAACCGGAUUCGAUGUUUUGAAGAAAUUGCUACAGAGAUUUUUGAUGCUGAGAAUCUUGUAACUGAUUCGUCUUCCGACCAGGUUGAUGUCGAAACUAUGAUAUUAAAAAUCUACAAACAAUUUGAGAAAAAUGCUGAAAUAGAACCAGAAAUCCCUAUAGUCAGGAAAAGAGUCCACAGCCAACUUUUGAAAGAUUGCUUAGGAUCUCUACCACAAAGGUAUGAAUGCUUGGAUGCAAGCAGAACGUGGAUUGUCUACUGGGUUCUGCACUCACUGUGGCUCCUUAAUGAUAUGCCAGAUGAUGAAACAUUGUCUGAUGUAGUGAAGUUUCUAACAUUAUGCCAGCAUGAAGAAGGUGGUUAUGGUGGAGGCCCAGGACAAUAUCCACACCUUGGAACUACAUAUGCUGCUGUUAAUGCCCUCAGCAUAAUAGGUACAGAAGAAGCCUAUAAUUCUUUAGACAGAAGCAGUUUACAAAAGUUUUUAUGGACAGUAAAAGAUGUAGAUGGAUCAUUUGCACUUCACAAAGGUGGAGAGCAAGAUAUACGAGGAGCCUACUGUGCUGUUAGUAUAGCUAAAAUAACAAAUACAUACACUGAGGCCUUAUUUGACAAAACAGCUGAAUGGAUAGUCAGCUGUCAGACCUAUGAAGGUGGAUUUGCUGGAUGCCCUGGCAUGGAAGCCCAUGGAGGAUAUGCAUUCUGUGGAAUUGCAUCUCUAGCAUUAUUGAAUAAGACACAUUUAUGUGACAUUGAUGCACUAUUACGGUGGUGUGUAAAUCGCCAGAUGCGUCUCGAAGGUGGUUUUCAAGGGAGGACAAAUAAAUUAGUUGAUGGGUGUUAUUCAUUUUGGCAAGGUGCUGCAUUUCCAAUAAUCAGUGCCAUACUAUCACAAGAAAAUAAAGAAUUGAUAGAAACAGUACUUUUUAACCAAGGUGCACUGCAAGAAUACAUUACCAUAUGUUGUCAAGCUCUACCUAAUGGAGGCUUUAUAGACAAACCUGGCAAACAUGUGGAUAUUUACCACACUUGUUAUGCACUGAGUGGGCUGUCAGUUGCGCAACAUGGCACUGGGGCUGGAGACCCGUAUGUAGUUGGCCGGCCCAGCAAUGAACUAAACAGAAUACAUCCCCUGUACAAUGUUGCUCCACAUCUAGCCUACAAUGCUGUUCAUUACUUCAUCAGACAUCCCCCACCAGUUAAAGAUAAAAAUUAAACCUAAAAAUGGAAGACAUUCCAUAAUAUGCACAGCAUGACCAAGCUAUAUACAGGUUUUUUGUCAUCAGAACAAAUGAAAAGUCAAAUAGUAGAACAGGUUUUAAUUUUCUGUCUUACAAAUUUCUAACAAGUCAUAUGAUGGCUAAAAUACUUCAUUUCAUUAAAAAACUGCUUCCUGCUAAAUGUAAAGAAUGAUUGCAUGGUCAAAAUGUGUAUGGAUAUGGGAUAAUAUAAUCAUUGCACACGUAUUUCACUUUUAUUAACAGUAAACUAAACCAAUGUUGAUGGAAGUUUUGCUAUAGACUGACUUUUUAUUGAAAUGGAGAGUAUUAGAUACCUAUAAUUGGUUGUGCUGUGCAUACUUUGCCUGUCAAAAUUAAAUCAUUGCUAUAUCUUUCUGUGUGUUGAUAUAGAAAUAGUUAUGUAUUAUGAUGAAACCCAUUUUUGUGUGCUCUCAUGUGGUUACUAUCAUGGAUUCAAAGUUAUCACUUUCCAAGCAAAAUUUUAUUAUGUAAAUAUAAAUAAGCCACCCACCCAUUUCUUUAUGCAAAUAUUUUCUAUCGGCGCUUGCUUAAAUUGAUGUACCUACUACAAAAAGAAAUUCCAAAACAUAGAAUGUCUCUGAAAAAAGAAAUGGAGAUUGGAAAUAUUAUAAAAACUGUAUUUUAUUAUGCUAAUAAUUUAUUUUGUCGGCUUCUUUAUAAUAAAAAUGUAACUGUUA